ACAUUUGCUAUAAAGGUAUCCGUUACGUAGGUACACUUGGGUUUGCAAGUGGAAGAAAACAAGAAUGCAGUGUAAGCCACACUAAAGCCUAUCGGUCUCAAAGGUUUGGUUAGAAGGAACUUUUCUGGCAGAAGUAUCAGAUUUCAGGCAUUUAACUGAUUGUUUUCUCGUAUUUAAUUGCUGAGUUGCAGUUAAGAUCGGGCUAUAUAGGUGAUGGUGAUUUUUCCCUCCUUUCUUGAUGGAUUCACAAGAAGUGUACCAACCAAGAAAGAGGCGAAUAAUAAGAACGAUGUUGGAAGGGAAACUGCAGAAAAGUUGGCAAAGGAAGCGAAGAAGAAUGAGCUGAUAUUGAGUUCUUCUGGCACUGUGAAAGCCAACAAGUCAAACAACUUGGUGUCAGUGUGCUCAAAGAGAGGGAUGAAAGGAAUUAAUCAGGAUUGCUUAAUUGUUUGGGAGGAGUUUGGAUGCCAAGAAGACAUGCUUUUUUGUGGGAUUUUUGAUGGGCAUGGCCCAUGGGGACACCUUGUAGCCAAAAGGGUCAGAAAAUCAGUGCCUGCUUCUUUGCUGUGCAAUUGGCAAGAGACUCUAGCCUCAACCUCACUUGACCUGGAUUUUGAAAUUGAAGUGGAUAGAAACCUUCAUCUUUUUGAUAUAUGGAAGCAAUCCUACUUAAAAACUUAUGCGGCUGUUGACCAAGAGCUUAAGCAUCAUCCCGGAAUUGAUUCUUUUUGUAGCGGUACUACAGCUCUGACACUUGUUAAACAGGGUGAACAUCUUGUCAUGGCAAAUGUUGGUGAUUCCCGAGCUGUAUUGGCAACAACAUCAGAUGAUGGCCAUUUGGUACCACUUCAGCUUAGCAUUGACUUCAAGCCCAAUUUACCUCAGGAGGCUGAGCGAAUUGCACAAUCCAAAGGGCGAGUCUUUUGUUUAGAUGAUGAACCUGGGGUGCACAGGAUCUGGAGGCCUAAUGGUGAGACACCAGGACUAGCACUAUCAAGAGCCUUGGGUGACUACUGCCUGAAGGAAUUUGGGCUUAUUUCUGUGCCAGAUGUGACACAAAGGAACAUAACUAGCAGAGACAAAUUUGUCAUAUUGGCAACAGAUGGACUAUGGGAUGUUAUUUCCAACCAAGAAGCUGUACAGAUUGUUUCUUCAACACCUGUUAGAGAAAAGUCAGCUAAAAGGUUGGUGGAGCAUGCUGUUCAUGCAUGGAAACAUAAGAAGCGAGGCAUUGCAAAGGAUGACAUCUCAGCUGUUUGCCUCUUCUUUCACACUUCAACCUCUCAACCAAUCAAGAAUCAACCCUAUUCAAGUCUCAAAAUAGGUUGCAUGAGAAAAGCUAGGUGAUUGCCUAUGGCCAUUGCCUUCCAGUUAUCAUCAAAAUUGUUGUAUAUAUGUAAACCUUUAUUGGACUAAUUGAUUCUGAGUAACAGAAAAUGCAUAAGGUUAACAUGUCCUCCAAAUUUACUCUA